AUGGGCAACAUUAAUGCGGUUAGAUUUGCAGGGGAAAAGAAGGGAGGUUGUAAUAAAUGGAAUUCGCAAUGUGAAGAGUUUAAUGACAUGUGUAAGGAAGCUGAUAUUGAUGAUCUUAAUGCCAUUGGUUCAUUCUUCACUUGGAAUAAUAAAGGAGAGGUCAAUUGGAGGAUUUGGUGUAAACUUGAUCAGGUGAUGUGUAAUGAGCAUUGGAGCAGCAAGUUUCCCAACUCUUUUGCGUCCUUCCUUACUCUAGGCAUAUCAGACCAUUGUCCAAUGGUGGUUGAUAGUGGGCUGAACUUUCAAGGUAAGAAAUCCCCUUUCAAGUUUUUCAACUUUUGGGCAGAGCAUGGGGACUUCUUCCCUAUCGUGGAGAGAGUAUGGAGAUUGGAGCUGGAGGGUAACCCCAUGUACAGGCUGGUCUCUAAGCUAAAAGCAUUGAAGGUUGAGCUUAAGAGACUAAAUAGAAAGGAGUUCAUGAACAUUUCGGAAAGAGUGAAAUUUGCAAGAGAUGAUCUGGCCCAAGUCCAAGAAAGGCUUAUUGUGGAUCCGGUUGAUGGUGCUCUAUUGCAAGAGGAGAAACUUAAGGCGGAAAAGAUGGUCAAGCUUUCAAAAGCUGAAGAAUCAUUAGCCAAGCAAAAGUCUAGGGUUAAAUGGUUAUGGGAAAGGGAUGCUAACACUUCUUACUUCUUUAAAUCUAUUGCUGGAUGGAGGAAUAGAAAUAAGAUUGUGUCCUUGGAAAUUAGGGAAGACUCGUUACUAGUGAUCAAGAUAGAAUCAAAGAGGAAAAGCAGCUGUUACAAGGAGGAGGCCAACUCCAUGAUUAGUGAGGUUUCCAAAGAAGAGAUUCAAGAGACCAUGUUUGGAAUGAGUAAAGACAGAGCACCGGGGCCAGAUGGUUGUGGAGCUUUUUUCUUUAAAAAAGCUUGGGAUAUUGUCGGUCAUGAUGUUGUUAAAGCGAUCCAAAAUUUCUUCAAGUCUGGGAAAAUGCUUGAGAGGUGA